AUGCAGUUGCGAUGGGACUAUCCGAAUGAAUACAUUGUAGGAGCUUGGGAGCCCAAGACGUCGAACCACAACUUUUGUGAAGAGGACUACAUCAUCACACAGUACAUCGGCGAGUUCAUCAACACCCUUACCAACAUCACCUACGUCAUCUACGGCCUCCACGGCCUCCGCCGUGUCGCCCCAAAACCUGAUGGCGGACUAGUUUCGACACUCGCAUUCCCCUACUGGGGUCUAAUCGGCGUGGGCGUCCUAUCAGCCUGGUUCCACGCAACCCUAAAGUACCACUCGCAAAUGGGCGAUGACCUAUCCAUGUUUCUGGCCGUAGGGGCCAUUCUGCAUCAACUCCUCUGCUUCGGUGCUACGCAAUCGGAGCGCCAGAAAUACACCUUCUACAUCCUUGGCAGUCUAAUUCCCAUCUCCGUCUACCAUGUCUGGGCCGACGAGAUCAUCAUGCACGAAAUCGCCUUUGCAGUCAUGAUUUUCCUCGUUAGCAAACAGACGCGCGCGCUGAUCAAGAAGCAAGUCAAGAACGAAGAGAGCAGAAAGAAGUUGGGCAGCAUGGCUACGUUUGGCAUUUCAACAGGCCUGUUUGGGUACUUCCUUUGGAAUAUCGAUUUCCACCUUUGCGCGUAUGUCACGCAAUUUAAGCGCUAUGUUGGGCUGCCUUGGGGAUUCUUGUUUGAGUUGCAUGGGUGGUGGCACAUUCUGACUGCUAUUGGAGCGUAUGUGGGUAUGGCACUGGUGGAGUACCUUGUCACUAUUGAGGAGGGCAAAACAAACACGGUCGAGGAAGGGUUUGUCUGGCCUGUCAAGGCUGUGCUGAGGGACUUGGACGGCGUUGAGCGAAAGGGUGUAGAGAGCAAGAAGACGAUGUGA